AUGAAUUUCUAUGGUGAUACCGAGAACAAUUCCACCACUCAAUGUAAACCAGUGUCCCGAUUCAUUUUCAUAAAGACUAUGAAAACAGGAGGUAGUACGACAGCAAAUAUGUUAGUUAGAUACGGAAUAAAAUACCAACUAUAUACUUCACGCUACAAUAUAGGACAUUACACUUGCACUAAUCUCACCGGAAUAGACUUUAUGGCAAUGCAUUUGCGCUAUAAUAGAACUUGGAUGGAUGGUAUAAUACCAGAUGCUAAAUAUUUAACUAUUCUUAGAUCACCAUAUAGCCAACUGCCGUCAGCCUUUUACUUCUUCAAUUUUGCCCGUCCUUUGCUCAACUACACUGAUCCAUUCCGUCAAUACAUUGAAAACACCGACAAUUACACCCAUUUUACGGAUAAACACCACCAACACAGAAAUGGACAGAUGUGGUUUUUAAAUUCAAGGUUCGACGAAGGUGAACAAGACAAUGAAACGAGUAUAAAGCUCGCAAUCCAACGAAUAGACAAAGAAAUUGAUUUUGCAAUAAUUUUGGAGCAUUAUGAUGAAUCUUUAGUCGUGUUAAAACAAAUGAUGUGCUGGGAUUACAAUGAUAUUAUAUACUACAUUACAAAGAAAAGUAGUGAAAGGAACCCCGUUACUACAGCUAUGAAGAAAAAUAUACGUGCAUGGAAUCGAGCGGACAUGCUUUUAUACGAGCAUUUCAAUCAUUCAUUGUGGGAAAGAAUAAGUAAUUACCAAGGUGACUUUAAAGAAGAUUUGAGGCGAUUUCGGGAAAUUAAUAAAAAUGCUACACGACCAUGUUUACGUGACAAAAAUUACGUCAUAAAAGACAGCUUUUGUUGGAGAUUGUUGAGUGAUACGCCUAAAUUGCGACACUUUGCAAUAGUCAAUCAAAAAUCAAGAAAUUUAACUGAAGAACUGAAACAGAAAUGCCAGCUCCUAUGA